GCGCUGAAUCCAGCCCGUAAACAGCGGGAUUGUCCCCUUCAUCAAAUAUUAUUCAAUGUUUUAUUGAAUCCACCAAAACCUCUUUGUAUUAAACUAUUCAAACCCAUCUCAAGAAAACUGCAUCUCAGUCGGUGCCGGCGUGCUGCUUCUUCUUCUUCUUCUCCUCCUCCUCCUCUUCUCUCUCUACUUUCUCCUCUGUCUAGAGAGAGAAACACAUCAUAUAUCUGUAUAUUUGUAUACGUCGAUGAGUGUACGUACUUCCAUUUUUACAGAGACAACUCUCAACACCGAACCCAUUCCACCUUCCUUCGACUCAUUAUUCAGCUGAUGAUGGGUACGGAAAGCACGUUCUCGCCUCAGAAGCGAACCUCCACCGCCCUCCCAACCACCACCUCCGCCGCCGCCGGCGUCGCCCGCGGCCGCGCCGCCUCCCGGGGCAAGCAGCUCAGCAAAACCCUCAACAACAUCAAGAUCACCGUCCUGUGCGGCUUCGUCACCAUCCUCGUGCUCCGAGGCACCAUCGGCCUCGGCAGCCUCUCCUCCUCCGAAGCCGAUGCCGAAAACCAGCACAUGGCCGAAGAAACGAAUCGGAUCCUGGCCGAGAUCCGGUCCGACAAGGACCCGACCGACCCGGAUGACGACCAACCCGAGCAGUUCUUCAACCCGAACAUGACAUUCGCUCUAGGACCCAAAAUCACAACCUGGGAUCAAGACAGAAAGGUGUGGCUUCAGCAGAACCCUCAGUUCCCGCAGCACGUCAACGGUAAACCUCGUAUCUUGCUCGUCACCGGUUCGCCGCCCGGACCGUGCGAUAACGCAAUCGGAGAUCAUUACUUGUUGAAAGGUAUAAAGAAUAAAAUCGAUUAUUGUCGAAUCCAUGGGAUUGAGAUUGUUUACAACAUGGCUCAUUUGGACAAGGAGAUGGCCGGGUAUUGGUCAAAGCUUCCUUUACUUCGACGAUUAAUGUUGUCGCAUCCCGAAGUGGAGUGGAUUUGGUGGAUGGACAGCGACGCAUUGUUCACCGAUAUGGUAUUCGAGAUCCCCGUAAAAAAAUACGAGGAUCACAACAUGGUGAUCCACGGCUAUCCUGAUCUGCUUUUCGAUCAGAAGUCGUGGAUCGCCCUGAACACUGGCAGUUUCCUGUUCAGAAACUGCCAGUGGUCGUUGGACCUCUUCGAUGCGUGGGCCCCGAUGGGGCCCAAGGGUCCGGUCCGAGAUGAGGCCGGGAAAGUCCUGACGGCCUACCUCAAGGGCCGGCCGGCGUUCGAGGCCGACGACCAAUCCGCGUUGAUUUACUUGUUGAUAUCGCAGAAGGAUCGAUGGAUGGAGAAAGUUUUCGUGGAGAACUCGUAUUAUCUACACGGGUUUUGGGAGGGUUUGGUGGAUAGGUACGAGGAGAUGAUUGAGAAGUACCAUCCGGGGUUGGGCGACGAGAGGUGGCCGUUUGUGACGCAUUUUGUGGGGUGCAAGCCGUGUGGGAGUUACGGGGAUUAUCCGGUGGAGAGGUGUUUGAAGAGUAUGGAGAGGGCGUUUAAUUUCGCGGAUAAUCAAGUUUUGAAUUUGUACGGGUUUAGGCAUAGGGGAUUGGUGAGCCCGAAUAUUAAGAGAAUUCGUAACGAGACCGUUGCUCCGCUGGUGAAUGUGGACCGGUUUGAUAUUCGACAUUCGGCGCAUCAUAGCGACGGAUCUAGGAGCUAACGAGUAUACUAUACGUGGGGAGAAAUAAAUACUUUGUAGGUAAUGCAAAAGUUUUAUUCAAGUUCCACACAAGUGAAAUGUAGUUUUGAAUUUUCUUGAUUUGGUUAUUUGCUUUGUGAAUUUUCAUAAUUUCUUUUCACAUGCUAUUUUUAGUGGCCCAAUUUAUUUCAUUAAUUCAGUUCUUAUCUUUUUUUUU